UGCACUCCAGCCUGAGUUGACAGAGUGAGGCCCUGUCUCAAAAAAAAAAAAAAAGCAAUGAAAAGAAUGAAGGACUGGUAAGGUGGUUAUUUUAUUAACAACGAUAGAUAGUAAAGCAACACCAUUAUGUUUUUUUCCUGCCUUGUGGCCUCAUCUGUUUAUAAGGACUGGACUUUUAUUUAUUAAGUUGUGUUGUUUUAUUGACAAUACAUGCAUCGUAUCUUUUGACUUUGAAGGAUAUCUCAUGUCAAAGGAAUCAAGUUAUGAUUUGUAGAGGAUUCAGCUGGAAUAGCUUGUGGGUGCUGGCUAAGGGUGGCAAAAUGCCUGCUGAGACAUGAAGAUUUUGGCCACUAGUUUUGCCCUUGGGAGCCUGGGGUUGGCCUUCUACCUGCCUUUGGUGGUGACUACACCUAAAACACUGGCCAUCCCUGAGAAGCUGCAGGAAGCUGUGGGGAAAGUUAUCAUCAGUGCUACAACCUGUACGGUCACCUGUGGCCUUGGCUAUAAGGAGGAGACCGUCUGUGAGGUGGGCCCUGAUGGAGUGAGAAGGAAAUGUCAGACUCAGCGCUUGGAAUGUCUAACCAACUGGAUCUGUGGGAUGCUCCAUUUCACCAUUCUCAUUGGCAAGGAAUUUGAGCUUAGCUGUCUGAGUUCAGACGUCCUGGAGAUUGGACAGGAAGCUUUUCGGUUCACCUGGAGACUUGCUCGAGGUAUCAUCUCCACUGACGACGAGGUCUUCAAACCCUUCCGAGCCAACUCUCACUUCGUGAAGUUUAAAUAUGCUCAGGAGUAUGACUCUGGGACAUACCGAUGUGAUGUGCAGCUGUUAAAAAACUUGAGACUUGUCAAGAGGCUCUAUUUUGGGCUGAGGGUUCUUCCUCCUAACUUGGUGAACCUGAAUUUCCAUCAGUCACUUACUGAAGAUCAGAAGUUAGUAGAUGAGGGAUUGGAAGUUAAUCUGGACAGCUACUCCAAGCCUCACCACCCAAAAUGGAAAAAGAAGGUGGCAUCAGCCUUGGGGAUAGGAAUUGCCAGUGGAGUGGUUGGUGGUGUGUUGGUGAGGAUAGUCCUCUGUGUGCUGAGGGGGGGCCUGCAGCAGUGAUAGCCUCAAGAACUUGACAGCCUUGCUCCUGAAGAUCUGGCUGCCCAGGAAGCCAAGCUAGCUUUUUAGGGGAGUGUUCUGGCUGCCGGUAGUGGAUGAGCUUAGAGGGAAGGCUCCCAUAGCCAAAAGAAUGAGUGGAAGAAAUGGAGGGGACAACCUCCUGGGAGCUAUGGGCAAUAAUCUAACUUCCUUAUGUCCCAUGGAUCUCUUCCUGAUCUUCCCUGCCCAUUGGAUACCCAGGAAACUGCAAGCAUUGCCUGUGUUCCCAAGAGUUUAAAGAAGCUUGCAUUCAUUUUCUACCCUUUAUAACCUGGAUGCCUCCCCGCCUCCCUUUCCCCUCUUCUGAGCUGUGUAUUCAUGUAGAGGGAUGUAUUUAGAUUUUCUAAUGAACAUUUUUUUCUUCAAUAAAAGUAAUUCAC